CUUUCGCGGUCACGUGUAAUCUGUGUUCCAGGAAGUUUCUAAAAAAAACAUUAAAAUGUUUAUUUAUCUCUGGUAAUAAUAAUUUUAUAAGUAUAUUUAUAUUUAUUUAAAGAUGGAGGCAAGCGAUGUAAAAAAUGCAAUAUUGUGCACGACUUGGGUGAAAAGAGGAGUCGCAGCAGCAGUACCCGAUAAGGUGCAACUGAGCCCCGAGGAAUUAAAGAAUAUCAUACAAAAAACUAAAGCAGAAUUAGAUGAUCUUGAGGAUGAAUCCGAAAAUGAAGAGAAUCCCUCUUCAUCAAAAAGAAAAGAAAAAGGUGGAAAAUCUAAAAAAGAAAAAAAUCUUUCGAUGGAAGGAGUUGAAAAUAUAAAAAUAAAAGUUGAUGGAGACGAGUACAACUUUGAUAACUACGAUGACGAGUCCGGCGAUAUCCACUGCCAUAUUAACAAUAUAGCUGAAUUCGAAGAAGAUCCUUUAGUAACAAUCAAGGAUGAUGAGGAUAAUGACUCGGAAAAAGAGGAUGACAUUAUUAAACCCACUGACAAUCUUGUUUUAGUGGGGCAUGUCGAAGGAGAUGCCAGCAUUUUGGAAAUUUAUGUGCAUAACGAAGAAGAAGGAUCAUUUUAUUGCCAUCAUGAUAUUUUACUACCCUCGCAGCCACUCUGUCUAGAGUGGCUCAAUUUUGACCCUUCAGAUGCCGCACCAGGUAAUUUGUGUGCCAUUGGUGACUUUACACCAAUAAUAAAGGUGUGGGAUCUGGACAUUGUUGAUUGUUUGGAACCGGCCUUUAAAUUGGGCCGCAAACAGAAUAAAAAGAAAAAAAUUAAACGAAUCGGUCACAAGAAUUCGGUUUUAGAUUUGUCCUGGAAUACCAAUUAUACACACGCGAUAGCAAGUGGGUCUGUUGAUCAGACAGUCCUUUUAUGGGAUUUGGAAAAUGGCACGCCUGUUACCAAAUUGUCGAGCUUCACUGAUGCUGUUCAAGCGGUCAAGUGGCAUCCGAGUAACGCGCAUCAUUUGCUGACUGGUUCUAUGGACAAAUUCGUAAGAUUGUUCGACUUCAGGACAGAGGACAAUUUUAAAUCUGUUUCCUGGGAAACUCCUGGGGAGGUGGAACGAAUAUUGUGGAAUCACUUUAAUCCUCACAUUUGCUUCGCUAGCACCGACAAUGGUUACAUUCAAUGUAUCGAUGUUCGCAAAGACAAGCCCCUCUGGCAGCAAUCUGUCCAUGAAAGUGCAGUAACAGGUUUAUCUCUGAGUGCCUCUUGUCCUGGUUUCUUGGUCAGCACAUCCGACGACGGAAUAAUUAAAGUUUGGGAUGUUCUUGAUAGCCAAGAAAUCCAACUAGUUUGGGAAAAUAAAACGAGUAUAGGAAAAAUACUCUGUCUCAACUCAAAUCCAGACAGUCCGUUUGUCUUUUCGGCAGGAGGUGAUAACAAGUCGAGCAAUUACAAAGUUUUUGAUUUUUCCUUAAUAUCUCCAGUCGCAGAAAAAUUUAGCCAGAGAGAUUUGAAGAACGAGCCCGCUGAAAUUGCGCAAGAAGACGAAAUGAUGGAUGUUACCGAAGACAUCGGACAAAUUAAUCUCGACUCUAAAAAAGCGCGCAAGAAAAAAAAGAAAAUUAGGACUGAAUCUUAAAAAAUGUAAAAGUUAAAUUACGUAAAUAAAUUUUCUAUAUCUAAUACUUCUAUAAAAACAUUUUGCCAAUGUUUGAAUUAGGUUUUUUUCUUCUUUAAAUGCAUUAAUAUUUUUUCUUUUUUUUUUUUAACACAGAUUUGAUCAAUCAAAUAUGCAUAUAUUUCAAUUUUUUUUCUAAACACAUUGUUUACAAAUUCUCUUGUCAUCUCGACCGAUUUGUAACUAAAAGCGGCAUCAAGACAAAAAUGCGAAAGAUAAUAAUCGCAUAAAAAAUAAAACUUUCUUAAGAACCCA